AUGUCUUUCAUUUCAGGUGGGCAAAAAUAUUUCGCAGAAUUCUUGAAAAGUGAAUACAGCGAUGAGAAUAUUCUAUUUUGGCAAGCGUGUGAGGAGCUGAAGCGAGAACGGAACGCUGAAAAAAUAGAAGAAAAGGUUGGUGAAUUGUUGAAUGAAUGUGAUGAUCUCAAAUGUGAUGGUGGUGGUGCAGCCAGCCAACCAGCCAACCGGGUGGUGCAACAGAAUUUCGUUGAGGACGAAAAACAAGCACGUAUAAUUUAUGAGGAUUUCAUCUCGAUUCUAUCCCCGAAAGAGGUGUCACUCGACUCACGGGUUAGGGAGAUAAUCAACAACAAUAUGGUACACCCGUCAGCACAUACUUUCGAUGAAGCACAAAAUCAAAUCUAUACACUUAUGCAACGAGACUCAUAUCCACGAUUCGUCGCAUCCUCACUCUAUAAGAAAGUGCUUGGUUCAUAUGGUCAAAUGGAAGAACUGUGA